AUGCGGGAGGGGGACAUCGAGCUCUCGCGUCUUGUGAAGUUCGUGCCUGUAGCUGAACCGCUGGCCUUUUAUACUGAGCACACUGAUAUUAGAAAUCUAAUACAGUACAUAAAUGAAACAAAUAUGAGCAUUGAGCAUUUGGCUGAUGUUCUUUCUAAGCAAACUGGGAGCAGCAGCUGGAUAGUGGUGUUCAAAGCCCUGGUUACUGUGCAUCACCUCAUGGUGCAUGGAAAUGAGCAUUUUAUCCAACAUCUAGCAUCUAGAAACUCUCUGUUCACUUUACACAACUUCCUGGAUAAAAGUGUCAUAGAAGGUUAUACUAUGUCAACCUUCAUCAGACGAUAUAGCAAGUACUUGAAUGAGAAGUUGCUUGCAUAUAGACUGAUUGCAUCUGAUAUCACCAAAGCAAAGAGAGGGGUGAAUGGCAUGAUGAGGACCCUGAAUACAAAAGAGCUGCUAAACACGCUUCCAGUUAUCCAGACCCAGUUUGAUGCUCUUCUUAAUUUUAAUGCCAAUCCUGAUGAGCUAACUAAUGGCAUAAUACACGCUGCUUUUGUGCUUCUCUUUAAGGAUUCUCUUCGGCUCUUUGCAGUCUAUAAUGAGGGCAUCCUUAAUAUGCUUGGCAAGUAUUUUGACAUGAGGAGGUAUCAAUGCAAAGAAAGUUUGGAUAUUUACAUCAAGUUCCUAGGAAGAAUGCCCAAAUUGGCACAAUUCCUGAAAGUUGCAAAGCAAGUUGGAAUUGGUCAGAGUGGCAUUCCAUAUCUUACUCAGGCAUCGCACAGUUUACUUGAAGCUCUUAAACAGCAUUUAGCUUCUUUGGAAGAGAAAAAUAACUUUUUACCUCCUUACGGAUUAUUUUCCCUACAUGAUAUAUUACAACCAACGAUACCUUCAGAAGCCCACAAACAUGUUGGAGCUGGACAUCAAGGUGGAACAGUCAUAGCAAAUGACCUGGAUGGCUCACUUCCUGGCUAUGUAAGAAAUCUUAACUUUGGAGAAAUCCCAGUCAACAGAUCUAACACGAAGUGGAUUCCACCUCCAGAGAUGGAAAUUACUAAUGGAAUGAACUGGCAGUUGAAUACCUGCACCUGCACAUCAACCAUCUGGAAUCCUAUUUCAGUUCCUCCUGUUCCCUACAUGGUACCACCUCCAAUGGCCUAUCCAGUGAUUUCACAGCAAAUGCCUUUGUAUGGAAUGGUCCCAACUCCAUUGGGUGUUCCUCCCCUAAUGGCACCACAACCCAUGGUUUAUUCCCAGUCUGGGGCCAGGCUUAAUGAUCCUUCCACUCCAUCCCCAGGACAUCAGACGCAGCCCAUGUAAGAUGCAGUCCAUGGAGAGGUGCCAAAGCAAAAUGAGAC